GUGGCGGUGGUUGAAUGUCCCUGUUCCGCAGUGUCAAGCCAAGAUGGUCAGGAAAAAAAUCGAUAACCGAAUUCGGGUGUUGAUCGAAAAUGGUGUUGCUCUUGGUCAUCGAACGAUGUUUGUUGUGGUUGGUGACAAAGGCAGAGAUCAGGUGGUCAUUCUGCACCACAUGCUUUCCAAAGCCAGCAUUCGCGCCCGGCCCAACGUGCUCUGGUGCUACAAAAAGGAACUGGGCUUUAGCAGUCAUAGAAAGAAGAGGAUGCGGCAGCUCCAGAAGAAGAUCAAGUCGGGGAACCUGAACGUCAAUGAAGACGACCCCUUCGAGCUGUUUGUUGCGUCAACCAACAUCCGUUACUGCUAUUACAAAGAGACGCACAAGAUCCUAGGAAGCACAUAUGGGAUGUGUGUGCUGCAGGACUUUGAGGCGCUGACGCCAAACCUGCUGGCGCGGACGGUGGAGACGGUGGAGGGCGGCGGCGUGAUCGUGCUGCUGCUGCGCUCCGUCACCUCGCUGCGGCAGCUCUACACCAUGAGCAUGGACGUGCACGGUCGCUACCGCACCGAGGCGCACCAACACGUGGUCGGCCGCUUCAACGAAAGGUUCAUCCUCUCGCUGGCGUCGUGCCGGCACGCGCUCGUGAUGGACGACCAGCUGAACCUGCUGCCCAUCAGCUCGCACGUGCUGCAGUUGGAGCCGGUGCCGAAGCGGUCGGCGUCUGACCCGCCACCGGCCGGCGCGCGCCAGCUGGCGGAGCUGCGGGACAGCCUGCAGGACACGCAGCCGGUCGGCGCGCUGGUCGGCUGCUGCAAGACCACCGACCAGGCGAAGGCGCUGCUCAAGUUCGUCGAGGCAAUCAGCGAGAAACGUCUGCGCGCGACCGUGUCGCUGACGGCGGCGCGCGGCCGCGGCAAAUCCGCCGCGCUCGGUCUGGCCAUCGCCGCCGCCGUCGGCUUCCAGUACUCCAACAUCUUCGUCACCUCGCCCAGCCCCGAGAACCUGGGCACACUGUUCGAGUUCGUUCUCAAAGGCUUCGACGCGAUGGACUACCAGGAGCACCUCGACUACGAGCUCAUCCAGAGCACCAACCCUGAGUUCAACAAGGCCAUCGUCCGGGUGAACGUCUUCAAGGACCACCGGCAAACCAUCCAGUACAUUCACCCGAGCGACGCUGUGAAGCUGGGCCAGGCCGAGCUGGUGGCCAUCGACGAGGCGGCGGCCAUCCCCCUGCCGCUGGUCAAGGCGCUGCUCGGGCCCUACCUGGUCUUCAUGUCGUCCACCAUCAACGGGUACGAGGGCACCGGCCGCUCCCUAUCGCUGAAGCUGCUGGAUCAGCUGCGCUCCCAGAGCGGCGCCGUCCCGGGCGGCGCCAAGACCGGCGCCGAGGCCGCCCAUAACAUGGGCCGCACGCUGAGCGAGGUGACGCUGGACGAGUCGAUCCGCUACCGCCCGGGCGACCCGAUCGAGUGCUGGCUGAACACGCUGCUCUGCCUGGAUGCCAGCGCAGUGCGGCCGCUCAGCAGCGGCUGCCCGCCGCCGCAGCACUGCGACCUCUACUACAUCAACCGCGACACGCUCUUCUGCUACCACCGCGCCUCCGAGGCCUUCCUCCAGCGGCUCGUCUCGCUGUACGUCGCCUCCCACUACAAGAACUCGCCGAACGACCUGCAGAUGAUGUCGGACGCGCCGGGCCACCACCUGUUCUGCCUGCUGGGCCCCGUGGCCGCCAACCAGGCGUUGCUGCCCGAGAUACUCUGCGUGGUCCAGGUGUGCCUGGAGGGCGAGAUCUCCAAGUCGUCGAUCCUGGACGGCCUGUCGCGGGGCAAGCGGGCCGCCGGCGACCUGAUCCCCUGGAACAUCGCGCAGCAGUACCAGGACAAGGAGUUCCCGCAGCUGUCGGGCGCCAGGGUGGUGCGCAUCGCCACCCACCCCGAGUACCAGGGCAUGGGUUACGGUACUCGUGCCCUGGAGCUGCUUCACCAGUACUACGAGUUCAAGUUCCCGCCGCUAGAUGACCUACCGGACCCCGCAGACACCCAGGUCGAGCCGGUGACAGAGUCGGAGGUGGGCCUGCUGGACGAGCAGAUCGCGCCGCGGAAGCGCCUGCCGCCGCUGCUGCUGAAGCUGCAGGAGCGGCGUCCCGAACCGCUGGACUACGUCGGCGUCUCGUUCGGCGUUACCCAGCCGCUGCUCAAGUUCUGGAAGAAGGCCGGCUACACGCCCGUCUACAUGAGGCAGACGGCCAACGACCUGACGGGCGAGCACACGUGCAUCAUGCUGCGGCUGCUGCAGCCGGAGGGCGCCGCGCCGCCGCCGGCCGACCACUGGCUGCGCGCCUUCUGGACAGACUUCCGGCGCCGCUUCCUGGCGCUGCUCGCCUACCAGUUCUCCGUCUUCCCCACCGGCCUGGCGCUGAGCGUGCUGACCAACCGGAUCCAGGCGGACGCGGCGGCCGAGGUGGAGCGGGCCGUGCUAGAGGAGUUCGUCAGCCCUUACGACCUGCGCCGGCUAGAGCUGUACGCCACCAACAUGGCCGACUACCACCUGAUCACGGACCUGCUGCCGGCCGUGGCCCGGCUUUUCCUGCUGGGCAGGUUCGGCGCUUGUCACCUCUCGCCCGUGCAGACGUGCAUUCUGAUCGGGUUAGGUCUACAGCAUAAGACGGUGGACCAACUGGCCACGGAGCUGGACCUGGCGGCGAGCCAGCUGCUCGGCCUCUUCAACAGGACCAUCCGCAAGCUGACCCAGGUGCUGCGCGCGGUGUACGAGAAGGAGAUUGAGCAGACAUUCGCAGCGCGGAAGACCGUCGACAUGGAGCCGGCGGCCAAGACCAUCAGCGACGAGCUGGAGGAGGCGGCGCAGGAGCUGGCCGCGAAGCAGAAAGCUGAGCUGGAGAAGCUGAAGCUGCAGGACCUGAGCCAGUACGUCAUCAAGGGCUCCGAGGGCGACUGGGACGCCGCGCUCGGCGCCGGCAAAAAAACCAAGAACUCCGUCUCCGUCAAAAGCGGCGAGAAGCGGCUGGAACGCUCAGCUGUUGAUAUGGACAUCGACGCCAUGGACGUGUCGGUGCCCAAGAAGGCCAAGCGCGAGAAGUUCAAGAACGUCGGCAAACCCAAGAUGGAGGGCAAGAAGGGCAAGGCCAGCCGGAGGUGAACGUGAAUAGCUCAUAUCAAGUUGUAUCACAUGGUCGUCGCAUUACAAGAGUCAUGAGAUC